AUAUUUUAGAUGCUCUAAAUCAUAUGUUCCAUAUAAAUUGUCCAUAGCAAGAGAAAUAUAUUUAUCUUGUGGAGAUUUUUGUACUGUCGAGUGUCAAAAUGCCGCUAAACUUGGACUCCGGGUCCUACGGACUCCGCCAAGCGACGUCAUCAGACAAGACUGUACUUUUAAUGAAAUUAACGGACACUGCUCUGAGGAUCAUCGAGUCUUAUCAGGACAAUUCGAAUCAUGUCCGAGCAAAGCCAAUGAUACAGUUCCAAGGGAAUCAAGGGUUCAUCAAUAUACCUGUUCCUGGAGGAGAGAAAGAAAUGCAAAAGUUCUCAUUUCAAGUUUCAAAUUUAGCUCAAUCUGCCGGAGAUUGUUUGCAACAAAUAAGAUCUGGUGGUACCGGGAGAGUAGAAUGUCUUGGAAACAUUCAACAGAAAGUUACUGUAAAUGCAACCGAUGAUUCCUACGAUAUGACGAGGCAAAGAAUGACGCAAGCUAAGAAAGAAGAGCAAAAAGCUAGCACGAAAGUGAUAAAGCAACCAGGGGGUACUAAGAUGGGCAAAGUUUAUAAGAAGACUGGCAAAGGACGUAUCAUGGAGAAAUCUACCAAAAGACUAAGUCCUGAUACUCGAGCUCCAACACCUCCUGUUUCAAGGCACACACCUACUAUAAUAGGAAGGUCAUCUUCACCCCUGACCCUUUCCAGCAGGGACAAUGGGGCUUCCCCUUCUGGUGGAGCCCCAGGAUCGGGGAGGAAUAAAACAAAACCUACCAUCACCUUAUCAUCCUCGUCAACUUCACAGAAGAAUUCAACUCUUCAGCCGAACGCUGUUCCGUCUGCAUCCUCUGUGGCGACAAGACCUUUAUGGGAUCGUGUUGCUCACAUUCUUGCGGUUCGAUCAUAUAAAUAUCCAGAGAUGGUUAUCAGGUUAUCAAGAGAUAAGCCACCUGAUAAGGCCAGAUUGCAAGAGAUUUUAUCUAAGGUUGCCUCUAACAGGAAUAUACAAGGAAGUGGAAUCGAAUAUUGCUUGCUACGAAGUAAUUACAACAGUCUGGAAAUUGAUUCGUGGCCUGGAUAUACAGAAAACGAAAGAAAAAUUGCCAAAAAAAAACAAGCCGAAAUCAUGGGAAAUGGUGAAAACCGCAAACGAUCGUACACAAACACAUUAUCCCCACCUGAAUCAGCCAACGAAAGCCUUGUAGAAGAAGAAUACUCCAAUCCAACGUCGAAAAAGCAAAGAGUAUCUCAUCUUAAAGGACGAACGAGUGGUGCCUCUUCACCAUUCGAGGGCGAUAAACAAAAAUCGAAAAGCCCUGUUUCACAAAAACCCGCGAUUUCUUUCGGAACGACGAAACUUCCAACAGAGAGUCCGAAAAAGCAAUCGCCUCAAAAAAGAGACUAUCAUAGCCUUCAUAGAGAGGAAAGGCCGAAUUUCAAUAGCCAUAAUCAUCGUGAACUUACAAAUAAAACUUCCCCUCCUCUUCCAAAGUCUUUGAAACUCGAAGAGCCACAACGAGAGACUGAAGAGGAAGAUGACUUUUUAAAGAGAUACACUCCAAUAUCAAAUAUUGAACAGAGAGAUCGGUAUAAGAAAGAUUUUUAUGCGGAAUAUCAAGAAUAUCUUUGCCAUCAUUCUAAUGUUGCAGCUGUAUCGGGUAGGUUUGCGGAACUUCAACGUAAAUUAGGUGAACACGAGAGAGGUUCCGAACAAUAUAAAGCUAUUUCGAAGCAAGUUAUUCAAGAAUAUAAGAAAACGAAAAAGAAUAACGAGUAUCAUCGCGAACGGGAGAGAAUGCAGUUUCUUCAUCGUAAAUUGCAACAUAUAAAAGACUUAGUCAGCACUUUUGAUCGACAUAAACUAGCGAGUCGCUCUGAUAACGACCCAGGACUUUGUAUGCAAUCUAAAAGUGUCACUAAAGUUGCGUAACAUUGCUGACCCUCGACCUCGUAAUGACCUGACGGAACGGCAACAUGGUCGAACGAACGACCCGGUACCUAUGACAACGAUAUAGACACCAUGGCAACACCCUAGCGAUUCAAUCAGUGCUUUGAAAAAGAAUAAAUAGGACAAUAGGAGGUCAUCAAAUAAAAUGCUCUCAAUUUUGACCAAAGACACAUAACACAGUUUUUUUUUCUUAGGACGGCAAAUGUAGUUAACUCUAAGAAUAAUUAGCAAAACAGAAGUGCAAAAUUAAUUAGAAUUUUUUUUUGUUUUCAUAGAGGAAUAUUUAAAAGAUCGACUAAUGAAAUUUUGACUCCCCAACUACAACUCUGAAUUCCUGAAGUAAUGACAUUUUUAUUAUAAAAAACUUUUUCGAUUUUUGGUAGAAAAUUGGAUUUUGAUUAUCACCAUAAAAAGUCGAUUCUCUACUCAUGGAAAUUUGAAAAUACGGCUUCGAUUUUCAGCGUGCCAAUAUCUUGGCUCCACACAACUGGUUAUGGUUUAUUGAAGCAUAGAGAAAUGCAAUUGUAGUUGGUAACUGAAAUGGCAAAAUUAUUCAAAUACUUCAGGAAUACUAUACAUCUUCGGUUAGAAAUCUGUGGAUUGUGAUCUCUCAUAUUUCUAGUGUAGGAAGAGUGGCAAUAAAUUGGGGCAAAAUUUUAUUGAUAUUGAUAUGAGUAAUAUUCUCAUUCGAUGACAUCCAAAUUAUGUCCUUGUUUUAGGCAUUGUUUAUUUAUUUAUAAUAUAAUAGAAUAAAUUAAUUCAAAUGUUCGGAAAAUGCCGAUUUUUAGUGAUCACAUCGCUACAGCAAAUAUUUAGACGGUACAAUAAUCAGCAAAAAUGCCAAGUGCUAACUACAGAGAAGCAUUUAAAAGAGAAAGCUUGUAAAUUUGCCAAAUGCAUAUAUAGUCUUGCACACGUAGCAUAUCUUGAAUUUUAUUUUUAAAAACUUUGUAUUCAAGAUUCAUAUAAAUUCGCCAUAUUUAGGAUUUUUGUUGAAUGGGAAAUAAGAAGCAUCAUCGAUCAGAUUCUUAUUAUAAACUGUAAAUUUGAUUAAUGUAAAUGUUAAACACAGACAAGCAUAAUUUUACUUUUCCAAAAUAACGAUUCCCAACUUCAAAUACAUUUUGAAUUUCAUUUAAUGGGCUUUAUCCCAAAUAAGGUGAAAGUUAUAAAAGCUGUUUAAAAACUGAAAAAUUUUUGAUUCUCGAAUUCCUGUAACUUUUAUUUAAAAUACUUUGGCUAAUAUUGCUUCCAACUAUGAUUAGAUAUCUGCUUGAAGAACUAUUUUUUUCAUAAUAUUUUCUCGAAUUUCAAUGCCUACUUUUUUGUCUCAAAAUCCACUCAAUUGUCUUUGGAAAAAAUUGAAUUUUUGACUGGUUUUCAUGAUUCAUCUGCAUUUCUCAAUAUUUCUGUUCCCUUUUUCUUAAUAUUUCUGUCAUCUACAACUCUAAAACCUUCAAACGAAUAUUUUCUCAAUGGCCCUUGUACGCAGAAUUACCUAUAAGGCUGUAACCGUUGUAUUUUUGCUUUGAGCAAACUCAUUUUUAAAACUUCUUCCAAUUAUUAUGUGCUCUGUAAUAUCAGUAUUUUUGUCAAAUAUGGUGAGUAUUGGAAACUGCUAAAUAGAGUAAAAUGUUCGCAGUUCAAAAUGUAACCAAAUGAAGCACAAUCGUGUUUUUAAACAUAUCAGGGUUAGGCUGCGUAGCGUUAAGAAUAAAAUAAAGUCAUUCAGCUCUGUUGACGAGACCCAGGGCAGUGGCUGAGAGAAAUUCACAACCCUUCAAACUUUACGUCUGAAAAGUUUUUUGGCUCCGAGCCCUGAUUCCAAGUUUAGGGAUUUUUGAUUCCGACUCUUGCUGCUCCGAAAAAAUUAAAUUUUAAUGACAAAAACUUUGGCGUGUGGAAGCCUUUUUUUAAUAGAAUGAUAAGAACGGUGAUAUUUUAUCGAAAGCGAGAAUUGUGAUUAUCUUCUAUUUCAAUGUUUUUUUAAAUUUGGUCACAAUAAGUCAAUCUUCCUAUCCUCCCAUUGCUGAUAACGAAAUAUUGAGAUGGUAUGAAGAAACUAAAAAAAAAAAUUUCAUCUAUGGCUGGUUUAUAAAUUUUCAUUGACAUCAAUAUAGCUUUGUUGCAUUCUGUGAAUUUCAACAUCCGAACUUGAAUUUAUUUCCUUUUGAUGAAUUCUAGAUUAGAAAUCUAUUCAAAAUCAACAUCCCAACACAA